AUGAAAAAUUCGAAAAGAAAAAAGAAAAGUCGAAAAAGAAAGAAGAUUCAUAAAGAAGCCAAAAAAGAAAAGACGAAAAGAAAAAGUGAAAAAGAAAUGUCGAUCAAAAGAAAGAAGAAAAUCGUAUAUGAUAUUAAAUUGGCCAUAAUAGAUUACCCUUCCUUUAUUACUUUUCUUUCUUUCAUGCCGGGCUACGCUGAUGGUGGGCGUCUUGCACGUAAGCUCAUGACUGCUAUCACAGAGGCGUUGGUUGUGACACAUCAACGUAGGUUAACAUGGAUACGUGGCAAAUGUCUAGACUCGCUUUGCUGA